AUGAACACAUUCAUCACUUUAGCUUGUCUGGUGGCUGUCGCCGUGAGCGCACAUGCAUCUGGAUUGGGAGGUUACGGCGGUUACGGAGGAUACGGCGCUGGAUACAGUAUCGCCCCUGUCUACAGUGCACCUAUCUUGGCCCCAGCAAUUUCCACCGCUAAUGUAUACAAAGCCGCUCCAAUUCCUAUUAUAAAGAGCGUAGCAGUCGCUCCUAUCAUCAGCGCGCCAAUCAUUAAAACCGUGCCAAUAGCUAGCUACAGUCUCGGAGGACUCGAAGGCUACGGACUUGGAGGCUACGGACUCUUGGGAGGCUAUGGAGGUUACGGUCUAGGCUAUGGCAAAGGUCUCGGUUAUGGUUAUGGACUCGGCUUAGGCAAACACUAG